AUGCCACGUAAGCUACGUAAGAAUAUACGUAAGAGGAAGGGAGCAUUGAAACAUCCAAUAGUAAAACUGACACCACAACAACAGUUGCAACAA